UUUCUCACGGGUGUGUGCAGUGUGGAUGGACGCUCAGUGUGUGAAGGGGAAGCUCUGCAGAGUAACAGGUUGGAGAGACUCCUUGGAGGACCUGGGGUUUGAUGAGCUUGAUCAACCUGGUGGUGACAGAGGAAUGAAAUGCUUCUUGGGCUAUAGCUGUGAGGGAGGAAUCUAAAGAAGACUGCUUGUUGUUUCUCUUCUUGUCUAUUUGAGGAUGUUUUCUUGUCAAAGAAGUUGUCUCAGCGCUGCACUCAGGCCGGCCAGUCGUUGAUGGAGUUCUUGCAGGGGAGCGGUGACUACUGCCACGCCCAACAUCUCAGCGCUUGAACCCAGGCCCCGGGGGGAGGAUGGCCCUGUUGCCCUGCUGCACCUCCCACCCCUGAAUGCCCACAGCCAGGUCGCCCUCUCCACCCAGACCCAGACACCCCCACUCUGACUGUAGACUGACCGACGGACGGCAGGCCCACUAACUCACCAGAUGGGGUAGUGAGUGUCGGUGGCCAAGGGCAGCGUAAGCUAACGGACAGCUACCUCUUCACCUCCCCCGAACCCCCCCGGCACCUUACUCUUCACCCUGUCCAACCCCCACUCUAUUCCCAGCACCCCAAGACACCCUGGACAGGAGAGACUUGAGAGGACCUUGUAAAGUCCUUCUGAGGUGGGGUGUUGUUGCUGGGGUUUGUUCCUCAGCCUCAGAGAGACUAGCAGGGGUGACCUGCCUUCUUGGCUUCCUGCCUGGCUUCCUGCCUGCUGUGUCAGGACAGUGUAGUGUAGCUGGUGGGCUGGGUGCUCCUCUGUCAGGGUGGGUGUGGGCCCCUGGGUCUGGGUCGACGUCGUGGCGUCUUCUCCUGAGAGUGGGAUCCUCAGUGUGUCCAGAAUGAACCGUCCGGCUCCCCCCGUCGAGGUCUCCUACAAGAACAUGAGGUUCCUCAUCACACACAACCCCACCAACGCCACCCUCGACACCUUCAUCGAGGACCUGAAGCAGUAUGGUGCAACAACAGUGGUGCGGGUGUGUGAGGUCACCUACGACAAGACACCUCUGGAGAAGGAUGGCAUCACAGUCAUGGACUGGGCCUUUGAUGACGGUGCCCCUCCUCCCACUAAGAUCGUAGAUGAUUGGCUGAACCUGCUGAAGACUAAGUUCCGCGAGGACCCUGGCUGCUGCGUGGCGGUGCACUGUGUUGCCGGGCUGGGACGGGCUCCUGUGCUGGUGGCUCUGGCUCUGAUCGAGGGCGGGAUGAAGUAUGAGGAGGCAGUUCAGUUCAUCAGGCAGUAUGUACAACUCACCUCCAGAUUCAGUUCCGUUCAUCAGGCAGAAGCGCAGGGGAGCGAUCAACAGCAAGCAGCUGACCUACCUGGAGAAAUACCGCUCCAGACAGCGACUACGCUUCAAAGACCCUCACAAACACAAGAACAAGUGCUGUGUGAUGUGAUGAUGUAGUGUGACCCCGCAGCCCGCUUGUUCUGACCCAUAUAGAACGACUACAUGAACUUUUAAUAUUGGACCGACCUCCACCCCGCUAAGAUGCAUUUAGGACUUGACCUGUUGUCUGUCUCCAUGGGGACAGUUAGUUGCCACUGUUCUGUUGGGAUUCUUCUGCUUCUCACUCUCAGGGCUGUUAGAGACCAUCUCCUCUCUGAUGUCUUUGAAUGAACACGUUCGUCCCCAACUGCCGGCCAAUUGAACUCAGAGAGAGGAAAAACAAACAAGCCCUAUUUCCAUCAAGUACACACACACACACACAUACAUACAUACAUACACACACACACACACACACACACACACACUGACAAACUAUUUUGCACUGAUUGUGACAUACUGUGACAUACACACACAGCGCCAUUGACCACCAGACCAACCCCUCAACCAGCAGCAACACUGUCAGCUUGGUCCCAGGCCUGAUCGUUCCUCUUUCCUCCCUGCUGCUAGGUAGCACUGACCCAACCCAAAGCACUGUCAAUGAAACACACCACUAGCUGUCACAACAGGUCUGCAUCACCAUACACCAUGUUAACUGAAAGCCCCUGCUAGCCAUGAUGACAUGAAUGAAAUAAUCAUGAAAAAUAACAGAUUUUAUGCUGUCUGUGUGUUUUUAUCUCAAUGUUUCAAGGAAAUCCAGUUUAACGUCUUUGUUAAAUUGAAAUGCCAUCCACAGAGCUCAGCCAUCUUGCUCCUUGCUCCGUUUUCAUAAUGCAUGUAAGUUAACACUUGUUAGAAUCAUGUCCUUGUCUCCUUUUUUUUUGAGGAUAUGGGGAUGCGGGAUGGGACUUAAAAUAGGACGAGGUUUUGUGCUGAGUCGCCGUUUUUUAAAUAGCAAUAUUUUUUACAUUGUGAUAUGAAAUUCUCUGGGAUUAGGAUUCUUCACCACUGGCUGCUUCUGUUGUACAACAUGAAGGAUCUCAGUGUAUCAUGUAGGAGUCAGCUGAGCCUGGGUGGGCUUGGUAGGCAACACCGUCUGUGUCCCAGAUGGCACCCUAUUCCCUAUAUAGUGCACUACUUUUGAUCAGAUGUCUAUGGGCUACAAUGCCUUGAAAUAUACACAAAAACAUGGACUCGCACUGAUCCUAUGGGCUCCGGUCAAAAGUUGUGCACUAUAUAGGGAGUAGGGUGCCAUCUGGGACGCGUACUAUGCUUUGGGAACGUAAACAUGGCGGUGCCCCGUAGUCGUCUCUGGGAUGAAAAACAGCCAACUGAACCGUCUGCUCAGAAAUAACGUCCUGGCUCUGUAUCUGUCAGUGUGGAUAUAAAUGUCUCUCAUCCUGCCUCUGAAAUAGCACCCUAUUCCCCUUUUAUAGUGCACUACUAUAUAGCACACUUUUGACUAUAGUCCUAUGGGCUCUGGUCAAAAGUAGUGCACUAAAUAGGGAAUAGGGUGCAAGUUAAGGACCGGUACUGAAGGAAUGACUCGUAUCCUUGGAAGAAAGCUGUCACAUUUAUCUGCUGCCUUGGAAGUAACCCACUUCAGAUUGUUCACAGUUAAUGAAGUACAAGAAAUAAAGUAAUUGUUAAAAGUA